CAGCUGGAGCGUCCAGAGCCUCCGGCGUGUCGCGUGACGGCACGUCGCGUGACGUAAGAGGAAGACGCAGGCGCCAUUAGAGGGAGGCGGGCGGGGAGAGCUGCCCGGUCGAAGGAAGCGUGUUUCUGUUUCUUUUCCCCAGGUGCGGCCUCGUCCCUUCUCCUCGCUUCAGGCCUCUCGCGUCGGAGUUGAGGCGGGGCGCGGCUGAUGUGAGGCCGUGGCGGCGACUUCGCUGCGGAUGGCGACGGCGACUUCUGGCGCAGGAAGCGGCGGCAGCACGGGCGGCCGAAACUUCUCCUUCAAGGUGGUGCUGCUCGGUGAGGGCUGCGUGGGGAAGACGUCGCUGGUCCUGCGCUACUGCGAGAACAAGUUCAAUGACAAGCACAUCACCACCCUCCAGGCAUCUUUUCUAACAAAGAAACUAAAUAUUGGAGGAAAGAGAGUCAAUCUUGCAAUAUGGGAUACAGCAGGUCAAGAAAGAUUUCACGCACUUGGUCCCAUUUACUACAGAGACUCUAAUGGAGCUAUUUUAGUAUAUGAUAUAACAGAUGAAGACUCCUUUCAGAAGGUAAAAAACUGGGUCAAGGAAUUAAGGAAAAUGUUGGGAAAUGAAAUUUGUCUAUGCAUAGUUGGUAAUAAAAUAGAUUUGGACAAAGAAAGACAUGUCUCUAUUCAAGAAGCAGAAACGUAUGCAGAAUCAGUGGGAGCAAAGCACUAUCAUACGUCAGCCAAACAGAACAAAGGAAUAGAAGAACUUUUUCUUGACCUCUGUAAAAGAAUGAUAGAAACUGCACAGGUUGAUGAGAGAGCACGAGGCAAUGGAUCCAAUCUGUCAGGACCUACAAGGCGGGGAGUACAGAUCAUUGAUGAUGAGCCACCAGUUCAGAGCAGUGGAGGUUGCUGCUCCUCUGGAUAAUUGUAUAAGACUGUGCAUCAUGCCCCUUAGUGAAGACUGCCAUAUUCAGUCUCAUUCUUUAUCAGUGGAGAAUCAGAAUUAACAGUAUUUAAAAUCAUUUGUAACAAUUCAGAACCAUUAAGUGCUAAACUAGUGGAGUAUGUGACCAGAGAAUUGGCAUUUUCUAUAAUGGUUAACAAAACAAACCAAUGGCCUUUUUACAUAUUUCCUUAAUAAUGAAUAAUACUGCAUGUGGGAGAGACUUAAGGCUUCAUUUAUAUUUUAAAUGGGAUCAUUAUUUAAUAACUUAUGUACACUAUUGGAAUGAGACAUCUUUUGCAGCCCUUUGUAUUUUGUGGUAGAUUGAAUUGUAUCAUUUCAAAAUUGCAAACAGAUUUUCUUUUUAAUUAGCAGAUACCCAAGUACUAUUUUUGCAGGGUUGACAUCAACCUAUAACUGUCUGACUACUUUGAUAUACUCAUCCUGUACUCCAUGCUGGUAAAAUAAAUUGUAAAUUACAUAUUAAAUAUUUUAUCUGCUUUUACAAGUGCAGGUGCAGAAAUAUGUACAUUAGUCUUAUCGACAAUUGUAAAGUGAGUAACGGUGCAAAAGAUACAAAUGUCAUUGUCUCCCAGCUCAUCUCCCCCCCCCCCCCCCCCGCAUUAGAGUCCAUAAACAUACUCUCUGUUUGCUCUGAAGUUUGCAAACCUUUUUGAAACUCUUCUCGCAAAUACUGGUUUGUAUAACACGCUACACCCCCUCCCCAAAAAAACCAGGUGUUGGAAUGCUGUGAAUUGCUGCUACACUUACUUCUACUAGCAGAAGUUUGAUGUGCCUGAAUUCUUCAACUGCUCCAGUUUCCUAUGUCGCACAGAAAUCUAAUUUUAUGGACUUGGCUUCCUUCAUCUGAUAAUCACUGAACAACAGCUGUUCUUGUAUUUUGCUCCACCAAAAUGUAUUCAUCCUUCUCCUAUACAAAGCUGGAAUGAAGUGAAAAUAACUUUGCUGCACAAUUUAUUUUAUUGGCCAUUGAAACUGAUAGUAACUCAUGAUAUGUUCUGUGCAAGCCUUGUUUAAAUCCACUUUGCAUUUUUCACUAGGAAAGAUUUCAGCUGCCACCAUCAACUAUAUAGUAAGUAUCUUCCAAAGGAACAAAAAUGUGAAAACUAAAUCAGGAAUUGUCAGGACUAGAACAGUAAAACUAAUCACUAAUUACAAAAUGGAACACACCCAACAUCCUGAGGAAAAUACCAGUUAAGGUGGGGUGUUUGCUUUUUUCCUUUUUGGUAAAUGGAUAUAUUUAUGAUGCAGAAAAUACCUAGUAAUGGUUUAGUCUUUAGAAAGAUGAGAGUAAAAAUCUAAUCUCACAUGUGCAGGUUUUCAUUUUUCUUAUCACUGGUCCUGAGAUGAAUAUACACAGUUCAAACAGCAUUGAAAUAGUGGAGAUCUUACACUGAUCCCAUCUAAUCUCACUUUCCCAAACCUGACACAAAGCAAUAGUUUUAGGAAACACUGCAUGCUUUCAUUGUCCUGAAUAAGUUGGUUUAUGAAGAUCUUCUAAGUUAUAUGGGGAAGGAACUAACUGUCACACAUGACUAUAAUCUGGAUAAUUUAAUAUGUACAUUAUUUUCUGUACCCUCACGCUUACUGGAAUUGUAAGUUAGAUGAUCUGUUAAAGUACAUAUGUCUAAAUGGCUUGCUUACUGUGACUUUACCAUGUGCUGCUUACUGUAAGCUGCUCUAUCUUCAUUAAAUAUUCUCAUUUAGUACCUUCUA